AUGAGGAAGCAGAGCGUGCGCACGGCCGCGCUCAUCGUGUGCAUCCUGUCCUACCUGCUGGUGGGCGCCGCCGUCUUCGACGCGCUCGAGUCCGAGGCGGAGAGCGGCCGGCAGCGGCUGCUGGCCCAGAAGCGGGGCGAGCUCCGCAGCAAGUACGGCUUCUCCGCCGAGGACGACCGCGAGCUGGAGCGCCUGGCGCGGCAGGCAGAGCCGCAUCGGGCCGGCCGCCAGUGGAAGUUCGCCGGCUCCUUCUACUUCGCCAUCACCGUCAUCACCACCAUCGGGUACGGCCAUGCCGCUCCGGGCACAGACUCCGGCAAGGUCUUCUGCAUGUUCUAUGCGCUCCUGGGCAUCCCCCUGACGCUCGUCACCUUCCAGAGCCUCGGCGAGCGGCUGAACGCGCUGGUGCGGCGCCUCCUGCUGGCUGCCAAGCGCUGCCUGGGCCUGCGGCGGCCGCGGGUGUCCACGGAGAACAUGGUGGUGGCCGGGCUCCUGGUGUGCGCCGCCACCCUCGCCCUGGGCGCCGCCGCCUUCGCGCACUUCGAGGGCUGGACCUUCUUCCACGCCUACUACUACUGCUUCAUCACCCUCACCACCAUCGGCUUCGGCGACUUCGUGGCGCUGCAGAGCGACGAGGCCCUGCAGCGCAAGCCGCCCUACGUGGCCUUCAGCUUUCUCUACAUUCUCUUGGGGCUCACAGUCAUCGGCGCCUUCCUCAACCUCGUGGUGCUGCGCUUCUUGGCCGCCAGCACCGAAUCGCCGGAGCAUCGUCGCCGCGCAGCCGGCCCGGCCCGCCACGGGGCGCUCGAGAGCCAAGGCCGCCCCGGGCCCCACCGUGCCGUGGCUCCCAGGAGUUCUGCGUCCAUCUCCUACCGCAUCCACCAGCUGGAGCUGGGGGCCCGCGACAAUCUGGGCUUCUCGCCUCCCAUGAGCCCUACGGGGGUGGGCGGAGGCCAGGUCUGCAGGCCCGCAGCCCGGCGGAAGUCUAUCUGA